AAUAAUCGUAUUACCUGCAUAAAACACAAUGAGUUAUUCGACCUUGUAUUUUGCAAAUAUGCCCAAUUACUGUCUACAUAAAUAGUAUGAAGUGUCGCAUUUUUCGUAAACGCGGACACGAUCGUGAAUUGUAAGAGGAAGAACGUAUUUGGAACUUCUGCUCUUGGGUCAUCGCUGAAAAUGAAAUAGAAUCAAGCCAGAGCGAGGAUUGAAACUUGGAGAUUGCAUUAUGCAACGAUUCUACCUCCUGCUGAUAUUGUGGAUAUGUGCAGCGGAAUCUCUUCCCUGCGUGCCUCGAGAUUUCGGAAAUGGGGGAACAGUGUGCGUGUGCAACGCUACUUACUGCGACAGUACACCAGAGCUCGAAAUUCCGGAAAUCGGUUCGUUCGUGCGAUACGUCUCGAGCCGAGACGGCUUGAGAUUGGAUCCAACGGAGGGUGCUUUCACCAACGAAUCGGCAACCGCUGACGUCACUCUUCGGCUGGAUCUUAACACCACUUUUCAAACUAUUCACGGAUUUGGAGGUGCUUUUACCGACGCGGCUGGCAUCAACAUCAAAUUAUUGAGCAACGCUACAGCGGACUAUAUACUCAGAUCGUACUUCGGCGAGGAAGGUAGUAGAUACAACCUAGGUCGUGUGCCCAUUGGUGGGUCCGACUUCUCCACACGAGUAUAUACUUACGACGACACCCAGAGUGCUGAUACGCAACUUCACAACUUUAGCCUGGCAGAGGAAGAUAUCAAGUACAAAAUUCCACUGAUGCAAGAGGCUCUUAGAAUGAAUCGUGAUCUAAGAUUUUUCGCAUCUGCGUGGACUGCUCCGCCUUGGAUGAAGACAAAUAAUGAUUACACAGGUUUCGGGUUUCUCCUUGAAGAGUACUACCAGGUGUACGCUGAGUACACUGUGAAAUUUAUGGAUGAGUACAAAAGCUAUGGGCUCAAAAUGUGGGCGAUGACGACAGGCAAUGAACCGUCUCUCGGUAUCAUACCAAUGUCUAGUAUUAACUGCAUGGGGUGGACACCGAGUGGCAUGGGCAAAUGGGUGGCGGAAAACCUCGGCCCUACCAUGAGCAAAUCCGAGCACAAAGAUACGAUAAUUUUGGCUUUUGACGACCAAAAAUUCGGCCUGCCCUGGUACGUCUCUGAUAUGUUUAGCAACAAGGUGGCAAAAAACUAUACGGCCGGUAUUGCAUUCCAUUGGUACUGGGAUAGUAUUGUACCUUCUUGGGUGAUCGAUCGAACCCAUUAUCAUUUUCCUGAGAAGUUUCUAAUCAUGACCGAGGCCUCGGUUGUCGAAACACCGUCUAUUCGUACAGGAGAUAAGCCAUGGCAAUUUAACAAAGUCCCCUUAGGAUCCUGGGAACGAGGGGAAAUGUACAUUACGGAUAUCAUGGACAAUCUGCAACAUUGGGUUACCGGCUGGGUGGACUGGAAUUUAGCUCUUAACCAUCAUGGUGGUCCCAAUUGGAGGAGCAACUUUGUUGAUUCUGCAAUCAUCGUGAAUGCUGAGAAUGACGAGUUUUACAAACAACCAAUGUUCUACGGCUUAGCCCACUUCAGUAAAUUCAUUCCACGAGGUUCUGUCAGAUUGAAGCUCAGUCAGGAGGGAAGCUCUACAAUUGCUGUCGCCUUCAAGACUCCGGACAAUAAAAUUGUUAUAGUUCUGUACAAUACACUCACUGAAAAUCAGCAUGCAGUUAUCCGUGACCAAGAAAGAGGAAUCAUCGACUUACAGCUACCACCGAAAUCCAUUCACACCAUUAUGUAUAAGUAACAACACAAUGUAAUCGAUUGGUCACUUCUAAACAAUUGCGUCAAUCUUAACGAUUUGAAUGGGGGCAAAAAUGAGAAAUAGCAGUAUUCGGUACAAUAGCAGAGGGUUUAAGGUAAAUUACAACAUUGUUGAACAUUUU